UCGUCACUGACAUCUCUCCAGUCAGAUAUGAUACCAUGAAGGUCACGUGGUCAUCUAUACCAGAAGAUCAACGGAACGGUAUCAUCAGAGGYUAUAAAAUAUACUACAAAGAAYUGCUGUAUCCUAGAAACAAAUGGAAAGUGUYUGUGGUUACCGGAGGUGAUGURWCCAGUACGAUGGUGACUGGACUAAAGUCAUACACUGAGUACUGUGUUAAGAUGUCUGCCUUUACCAGUAAAGGAGAGUAUCGUGACUGGGGACGAAAACAAUGCAAAAUAGCGAAGAUUCCUUCGCUUCCUAUCAAAGUGCAAGCUAAGGCCAUGAGUAUGACAGAGGUACUUUUAAAGUUCGUGAAACCAGUGCACUCGUUUCCAUCCAAUAAAGUGCAAGUGGAUUACGGAACUCUGAAAAACGAGUUGAAUAUGAAAAAAGCCUGCUAUGGUUCUUCUUGUGUGAUUGAUAACCUUGAGCCAGACACCAUGUACUACUUCAGGGUGAUUGGAUAUGUGUACCAGAGAGGAGAAACACCAACAUUUACUAAGAUAAAGACAUCAAGAGAUGAGGUUCUUAAAUUCAGACGUCAUAUUAAGUAAAGGAAGACCAGACCUUGUUUACUGCUUUUUUGUUUGUAAUCUUGCAUGCUAGCGUAAUCUUAUUGGGGAUUGAAAUUACGGUGCAUGAUAGCGUAGCGGUGAUUGACAUAAGAUGCGAUAUUUACUUGUAUCGUGUAUCUUUAUUAGAUCAUUGGUCACGGGGCUCAAACUAUUAUAUCACCAUUGUAUAACAAAAUUAGAAUAUUUUAACAGUUAAAGAGAAUAACAAGUAUGCGUUUUCCUCAUUGACUCGAGUCAUUACCUUCAAACUAAACAUAAAUAGACAAGACGCUUUUGGAGCGUGCACUGGGUUGCUUUAUGUGCGGGUAUGAUGGAGCUUAUAUAAGCCCUUCAAUACAAUACAAUACAAUACAAUACAAUUUUAUUUGGCACCUUA